CGCAAUCCCUCAUAUUUCAUGACUGCAGCCGCAAUGUUGUCCUUCUUCAUACUAUUCGCAAUUUUCUUCUGCAGUGCUCUUCUGGUCCUUUUGCCUUCGAGAUACCUGCGCUCCUCAUCCAAGACGGGAUCAAAUACGGAUGUUUCGGUUCAAGUUCUAGUGCUCGGGGACAUCGGAAGAAGCCCAAGAGUGCAGUACCAUGCCAUGAGCAUCGCAAAGCAUGGGGGCCGGGUUGAUCUCAUCGGCUACCAAGAAACUCCUCUUCAUCCCGAGCUGCUCAAAUACCCCAAGGUCAGCGUGCACUCACUGGACCCUCCUCCGCGUGUGUUGCGCUCGAAAUCAAUUCCCUUCAUCAUAUCGGGUCCCCUCAAGGUCAUCUGGCAGGUCUUUACUCUCAUCCAUGUCCUGGGAUACGAGACACCGCCGGCUCAGUGGCUACUGAUUCAAAACCCGCCAUCGAUUCCGACCAUGGCCGUUGCGACACUCAUCUCCAAGUGCCGCAACACUCGCCUCCUUAUCGACUGGCACAACUAUGGCUGGACCAUUCUUUCGGGCACCCGCGGCGCUCGUCACCCGUUUGUGCGAAUCUCCAAGCUUUACGAGUGUCUGUUUGGCCGCUUCGGCAGCGCCAACCUCACCGUCACGCACGCCAUGGCGAGACAGCUCAAGCGUGCGCCGUACGGCAUCAAAUCGCCCAUAGUACCCAUGCACGAUCGGCCCGCGGCCAUCUUCAAGCCCCUGAACGACCCUAUGGCGAAGCUGGACAUCCUCAGCCGCAUCCUCGAUUCCCGCGACCUGGCCGCUGCCAUAGUUGAUAGGCGCACACGUCUCAUCGUAAGCAGCACAUCCUGGACCCCCGACGAGGACUUCAACCUGCUCCUUAGCGCCCUUGUGCAGUACGCAAACAGCAUGCAAGACGACGGACAGUCCAUUGUGCCUGUCGUGGCGGUGAUCACGGGCAAGGGUCCGCAGAAGGCCAUGUACGAAGCCAAGAUUAGCAAGAUGGCUGAGGAUGGACUGAUACCCAACGUCACGGUCCGAACUGCAUUCCUGUCGUUUGAGGACUAUGCCGCUCUCCUGGCUUCGGCAGACUUGGGUGUAUGUCUGCACAUGUCGAGCUCGGGCGUUGAUUUGCCCAUGAAGGUUGUGGACAUGUUUGGGGCAGGGCUCCCAGUGGUGGCCUACUCGGCCUAUGAGAGCUUCUCGGAGCUUGUUCGUGAGGGUGAGAAUGGUCGCGGGUUCGAGACUGCUGGCGAACUGGCCGCUGAGCUCACGCGUCUGCUCAGCGUCGAGGGCCAGGACGAACUAAAGCAUCUCCGACAAGGUGCCAUAUUGGAAGGCAGCAGGCGAUGGGAUGAGGAAUGGGAUGCAUCGGUCGCGCGCAUCCUGGGUCUUGUCGAAGCAUGA